UUUGCCUCGUCAACUGCAAAACUUAAUGGCUGUCUUUGGUAUCCAAGUGUUGGCAUGCAAAGGUGCUUUAAACUAGGGUGUGAAGUCAAUGAAUUAGAACUCCUCAAUAAAACAACUUGAGAGAUACACGAGCCCAGCCUAAGGGUGAUGUUGAAAUGUGUUGAAGGGAGGUAUUUACAACCGCCCUGUAAGGAGGCGUGUAGAUGUCGCCAUAGUCACACAACUGUAAAGUAGGAGGACAUGAGUCGAUUCGUACAUAGUUUCAAAGAGCAGUUUGUUCCAUUACAGAACGUGGGAAGUAACGCUACUGGCUAACAUCAGCUAGCUAGCUACUCUGGGUUGAUAGUAGAGCUUGGUUUGCGGUGUGAAGCUAACUUGUCUAACCAUUUUACAGUUAACACUUCCUCUAGGGAGUGACAUUAUGAGAAUACGCGUUUAAAGAGCAACUCAAUGAAUGCAUAUUUUAGAUUCUCAGAAGUAACGGUGACUAAAUAAGCGCAUGCAACUUUAAUUGCGGACUCGACUGAACCACGGUCUUUAGAAUCAUGACAGACAAACCAAGUUAGCACUAGCUAGUUUACAUUUGCUACAUUGUCCUAGCCGACAGACCCGAGGCUGGAAUUUGCACUUCGCUGAUAAAAUGACGCUAUAUGUUGACGUGUAAAGAGAGAGCACAUAGAGCAGCUGAGAGGGACGCGAGUCGGGACUGGUCGGGAUGAAGUGCCUCGGCUCGAGGCUGGCCUUCUACGUGGGCUUCCUGGUGGGAACCUGCACACUGUACCUGUUUCUCAAGCAGAUGUGGCUGGGGAAAGCCGCCGGUAGGCGGUCGAUCAACGGCGAAACCCAUACCUGGAAGGCGGAGGAUCUGGAGCACCUCAACGUGCGCCACGACCACGUCACAGGGCAGGACAACAGCGUGGCGGACGAGCUGUACCAGAAGGUGCGCGUCCUGUGCUGGGUGAUGACGGGCCCCAAAAACCUGGAGAAGAAGGCGCGUCACGUGAAGGCCACCUGGACGCGCCACUGCAACGUGGCGCUGUUCAUGAGCUCGGAGGAGGACCCGGACUUCCCCACCGUGGGCCUGGGCACCAAGGAGGGCCGCGACCAGCUCUACUGGAAGACCAUCCGCGCCUUCCGCUACGCCCUGGAGAAGCACGGCCACGAGGCCGACUGGUUCCUCAAGGCCGACGACGACACCUUUGUGGUGCUGGAGAACCUGCGCUGGCUGCUGGCCAACCACACGCCCGAGGAGCCCGUCUACUUCGGCAAGCGCUUCAAGCCCUUCGUCAAGCAGGGCUACAUGAGCGGCGGCGCCGGCUACGUGCUGAGCAAGGAGGCCGUGCGCAGGUUCGUGGAGGCCUUCGACACCAACACGUGCGGCCACACGUCCCCGGUGGAGGAUCUGGCCCUGGGCCGCUGCAUGGAGAAGGUGGGGGUUAAGGCCGGGGACUCCCGCGACACGCUGGGACGCGAGACCUUUCACCCCUUCGAGCCCCAUCAGCAGCUGACCAGCAAGUUCCCCAAUAGCUUCUGGUACUGGAAGUACUGCUACUACCCCGUCGUGCAGGGUUCCCAGUGCUGCUCCGACCUGACCAUCUCCUUCCAUUACGUGAACCCCGAAGUGAUGUACCUGCUGGAGUACUACACCUAUCACCUGCGCGCCUAUGGCUACCGGCACCGCUACCAGGCCCCGCCGCCCACACUGCCGCAGACCGACGGGUUAGCGGUAGCAGCGGCGGCGGCAGAGAACGCGGAGGUGCGGCCGGCAGGCAGGGACAUGGUUCCGGUUCAGUGGGAGGAGCCGGAUUUGAAAAGGACGCAAGCAGCGCAGGAAGUCGGCACUGGGAAUGCCGAAAAAAAGCCAGAGGAUGGCGGGAAUGUCGAAAAGAAGCAAUAGAUUGUUCCAGAAGAUUGUUUUUUUUGUCUCUCCUCAGAUAAUGAUGUCUAUAGGAACUACGUCCAAAGGGAGUUUUUAAAAGGGAUGUGUGUGUGCGUGCAUGUCUGUGUAUGUGGGAGUGAGAGAGUAUAGGAAUUUGUGGCAGUUAGGCUCGACCAGCUAAAUUGCACGUGCUGAUGGUGACUAACAGAGAGGGAACUUGACACUCCUCUUUGUUCCACAAAUGGUACAAGCUGUUAAUAAUCUGAAGCUGGGCAACCUGCAUUUCUAACAUUCUGCUGGGUUGGCUGCACUUUUGGAAAGAAGUGUUGGGCAUAUCCAAGCAGUGGAUUGUAUUUGCCUUGAUAAACCUGUUCCUAUCAUUGCAGGCAAAGCAGUUUGCCUUUAGAGGUGUUUGAAGUAGCCUGUUUUACUGGAAAUGUGAUAUUUUCUCUGUGUGGUUUUGGCGAUUUCUUGUUUUAAUGACUUAAAUUAUUUAACACACCAGCAUCCUUAGUUUACUCAAUCUGUGAGCAAACCUGAGGGUUUUUUUUAACGCCCUUUUUUUUGUCUGAAGAUUUAGAAAAGAAAAAAGUUUGAGUUUGAUCCGCUGUCUUAAAGAGCAGUUUUGCACGGUUAUAAAAAAACCCAAAAUUGGUGACAUUAAGGGCCAGUUCCACAGACACGGAUUAAGCAUGGCCAUGGUCUAAAUUGAGUUUUGUGUGGAGGGGCUUAAUCUGUUUCUGUGAAACUGGCCCUAAAAAUCACCUCAUUAAAUAGUUGAAAAUGGAGUGGAAGGGACCAAGUCAUUGUUGACAAAGUAAAUUAAGAGUCAACAGGGAACUCUCAAAAAAAGAAAUAAAUGAGCAAAUAAUGAAUAGGUAAAAGUGAAGGGGAAAAAAAUGUGAACUUGAAAAUAACUGCAUCUGCCUAUCCUACCGAAAGACUUUCGUGAAUUGUGCGGACUGAAUAUCCAGUGCCCUCUCCUUUAGCUCCCUCCGAAGUAAAUGCGAGCAGGAAACUAUGAGCGAGUGCUUACGGCACAGGCUAGCUUAGCUAGCCGCUCGCAAACACACUAUGGGUAGUUAAAUGUAACUUCACAUAAGCCAGCUAGCUGAUAAUUCCUCAUGCCUAAAAAUGAUCCUUAAGCGAAACAAACCCAUGUAACGUGCAAAUAAAGUGUAAUCGUUAUCUGUACUGCAACAAAUUUUACAGCAUAGUUUUCACGUGGUGCCAACCAUUUUAAAUCGUAUCAUACCUUCGCACUGAUAGUGCCUAACAAUGAUCUGCCUGGGCACACUUGCUAAUUAUCACUCCCCAUUUCUGAGUGUUGGGCUGAAAUAUCCCCACUUAACAUGACUGGACAUUGUUUUAAUUCAGCAAACUAUCUAGCAAGCUAACUGUGCUAAAUGCUAGUUUACAUGCAAUGUAUAGAGAAGGAAAGUAGGAAUGAAUGUGUUGCCGUGUGAUUCCACCCUCCCCCUCCACCUAACAGCAUUUCCCCAUGGUGGGUUGGAAUAUAAACCGUAGAAGUUUAUUUAUAUAUAAUAGGUUGAUUUAAAAAAUUCAAUACUCCCACAUAAUGCAGGUGGAUGCCUUAAUUCUGAUGCAUAUGUCAUUUCGAUGCAUUGCUCAAAACAGUGAGAAAAGUAUGCCAAUUUUAAUCCUCAAUCAUUCCAGCCUGCACACUAGCUGGAAUUUAGUGUGGGAACAUUUGUUAAAUCAUUUUUAAAAAUGUCUCAUUGACAUUCUUUAUAAAGAAAAAAGUAACUAGUGACUAAUCUGUUAACUGGUAUACCUCAGAUUUUAAACCAAAUCUACUUAUACACAUGUACAUUUGUAAUUUUUUUCCGAAGAUUUUUUUAUAAAAAGUGACUGCCUGUCAGUAGUAUAUUCAAUUAUUUAUAUUAUCAGAUAAAUUUGGUAAAAAAAAAUAAUUUUUGUACAGCUAAUGCAGUGUACACACACCUUGGAUUAGUGACCUGGGUAGGAAUUGUUGUACCUGUUUUUGAUGCUACAGUCUUGCACAAACGACCUCUUCCAUAAUCGGUACGUUUUUGCAUAUUGCAGACGAGUUUAUUUGACCUACAAUCCUGUUUUUCUCCACUGCUUGAAUUUCUUGUCAGGUCAGGAAUGUUACAGUCCGUGCCGGUGUAUUUUUCACGGUGAUGGUUGAGCUCUGUGCUGCCCUUCUCUCAAUCGCAAUCGCAAUGUUAUCAUCGGACUGAAUAAAGGCAAAUUUACCUUAAAA